GCGCGCCGCGACGGUUGCCGACCGCCCGCGGCGCCGCCCGGCGUGAUGUGCAACCGGCAGGCGCGGGACUGCUACUACUCCGCGCAGGUGGCGGUGGGAGACCUGCGCCUGCUCUCCAAGGCCGACCGCAGCCUCGACCGGGUGCUGCGCUACCGAGCGGCCCUGAUGGCAAUCCGGCAGCGCGUGUCGGCCGGGUGCGAUACCGCGCCGGGUGGCUUCGAGGACACUGGACACGGGGAGGGUCCCAGGUCGGCCGAGCGGAGCAGCGAUGCCCCGAGGCUCGAGGGUCGAGGCCGCAAGGACCACCCGCCCGCCCUUGGGGGCUGUGCCACGGCUGGCGCCGUGUCGCUGGCGGCCGUGCUGGUCCUGCUGGGGGCGUGCUGGUACGAGGUGGGCGAGGCCGCCGUGGUAGCCUCCGACGCCGUGUCCCAGGGCCCCCGCCCCUCCCGCGCGGCCGUGCCCGCCGCCGUGCCCGCGGCCGGCCCCGUGCCCGGGGCUGCUGUCUUCCACGCCGACGCGGCCCGCCGCUGGGCCGCCGUGGCCGAGUCGGCGCCCGACGGGGCGCACCGCGUCCGCACAUCCACAACGCGUCGGGGGCUGGGUUGGCGGGGAGGCUCACCUAUGCGGAGGUGGUCGGCCUUUGGAAGGAUGACCCGGCUUUCGCGAGCUUCUACGUGCAGCUGCUCCAAAGUCGCCGCACGACAGCUUCUUCUGGGAGUGCCCCUACACGAGCGGGGCGCGGCUGGCCGCGGGCCAGCUCUUCGAGCACGUCUCUGCAACCCCUACGGGUUUGCCCCCGCCGACCCUGGCGACUUCUCGGAGCACCUGAGCCGCUGUUCCGCGGGUACAGGCGCGGUCGCCUUCCAGAACCUCGGGGGCGACGCCUCCCUGGUGGCGCCCUGCGCCGCCGGCCCCUCCCCCGGCGCCUACGGACACCUGGCCGCCUUCUCGCGCCGGGUCCCCGAGGAGCAGCAGCGCCUGUUUUGGGCGGCCGUGGGGCGGACCCUGGAGGGCGUGGUGGCGUCGAGGGGCGCGGGCCCGCGGACGUGGCUGAGCACGGAGGGCAGCGGGGUGCCGUGGCUGCACGUGCGGCUGGACUCGGCGCCCAAGUACUACCACCACCGGGAGUACCGCGGCGAGGCGUGA